AUGGCUGAUUUGAAUAUGCGCGAGCUGUUUCUGGCACGAAACACAGUGAUCCAAAUGCUAAGAGACAGAGGAUGUGACUUGAAUCAGGAGACAUUCGAGACGUACGAUGCCUUUCUAAGCACAUUCACCACUGAGAAUCCAUCUGCAUGCAACCUCAUCUGUUCCAAAGAGAACAAGUCCAUUGCUGUACACUUUACACUACCAGAAAAGAUGCAGAAGAAGAUGAUUGAGCAGAUUAUCACAGACUACAGCAGUCAGAACGUGUCUAGGCUGGUUCUGGUUGUGGUGAAUAAGCUGAAUCAUGCAACCCUUGCAUACUUGACCAAGUUAAGCAUACAGGUUGAAAUAUUCUUGUACAAGGAACUGCUAUUCAAUCCAACUCUACACUAUUUGGUUCCAAAGCAGAGGAUUAUGGCUGAAGAUGAGUCACAGCAGCUGUUGAAGAGACUCAAAUGCAACAAAGAGGACCUACCAGUGAUGUUGAAGAGUGACAUAAUUGCAAGGUAUCUUGGUGGAGAAGUAGAAGACAUUGUUGAAAUAAACAGAAGGAGCAAGACAGCAGGAGAGAGCAAAUACUACAGGGUGAUAAAAGGAGUCUGA